UCUGCACUCGGGAGCUAGUUGCUUCUCUCUUAUCCACCAUGUAACCAGCGACCACGUCCUCCGAGUCUCACAUUCGGUGAUGCCUCUGUGGAGGUUAUCGACCCGCAACUUCUAACACUUCGCCCAGACACCUCCUCCCGUCGACCUGCAGCCAAAAUGCGAGGUGCAUGCAUCUUCUCCGGCUCCUCCCACCCGCACCUGGUGGAGGCCAUCUGCGAACGACUGGGUCAGAAGCCGUCCAAGGUCGACUUGAAGAAGUUUGCCAAUGGCGAGACUUCUGUCGAGAUCAAGACGUCGGUCCGUGACCAAGAUGUCUUCAUCGUGCAGAGCGGCAGUAGCCAGAUCAACGACAAUGUCAUGGAGAUGCUCAUCAUGAUCAAUGCCUGCAAAGGUGGCUCGGCACGGUCCAUCACAGCGGUCAUGCCGUAUUUUCCCUACUCCCGCCAGUCCAAGAAGAAGUCGCACCGUGGCGCCAUCACGGCACGCAUGCUCGCCAACCUGAUGAAGGUCGCCGGCGUGGACCAUGUCAUUACCAUUGACCUACACGCUACACAGAUGCAGGGUUUCUUCAAAUGUCCUGUGGACAAUCUUUUCGCAGAGCCACUGCUGGGCAAAUGGAUCCGCAUGCAUAUUCCAGACUGGUGGGAAACGGUCGUGGUCAGCAAGAACCCAGGCGGCACAAAGCGGGUGACCAGUCUUGCGGACAAGCUUGGCCUGAGUUUCGGCAUUGUGACCACAGAUCGCAGAAAGAGGACGCAAAUGUCUAUGAGCAUGUACAAUUCUGCCAUUCUGGACACCCUCGGCAACGACGGCACAGAUGAGCACAACGCUCUGAAGAAGGAGGCAGAGGAGCUUCGCAAAGCCUCGGAGCGAGACGAUGCUACGCCAAAAGAGCGGGACUGGGCGCCAACGAGUCCAAAUGCGCGGUCGCGCGGCAACAGUAUCCGACAGCCUCCCAGGCCCGGACAGCACAUCCAACGAGCUGUGACCUCUGCGCCCAUGACUGGGCGAGCGCGGGGUGCUACCAAUGGCGAUCCUAGCCCUCUUGCUAACUCACAUCGUCCUGACAGUGCGGGAGACGACCAGCCAGCCAAGGAGACAGAAGCGAAACAAACUGCAGGCGAAGAAGAGCUCAUCUUGAGACCAGCUCGUACCUUGCCUACAGUCGAGCCGGUCUAUCGCGACGAUGAUGGGUACGAAGAGCCAGAGGGUGAUGACGAGGCCGACGACCACGCUCGGGAUGUCAUCACAGGUCGUCUUAUCCAUGGCCACAUCGUUGACGAUGAUGUACCCUCACCAAGUGCAUCGCAAUACUCGGAACACCGUGGCCAUCGGUCUUCUAGUGAAGACGAUGGUGUGCCCGAUCAUAUGACACAAUCGAUCCUUUCGGCGGCAUCUUCUCGCUGGGUCGGUGGUCAUGGAGGUGAUGGCGGACUGGGUGGCACCGGCGACGCAACGCACUCUGACGAAGAGGAAGAAGAGGCACUUGCCAACCCAGAAAUUGAAACUCACGUCACGCUGGUCGGCAGUGUACGCAAUAAGCCGGUAGUAAUUGUGGACGACAUGAUCGACAAGGCCGGUUCGUGGAUUGCAGCAGCCGAGACAGUUGUCAAGCGUGGCAGCGCUAGCAAGGUCUACUGCAUGGCUACGCAUGGGCUCUUCGGCGGUGAUUGUCUCGAGCAACUCGAACAAUGUCGAGAAAUCGAGGCCGUGAUCGUCACAAACGCUUUCCCAAUCCCGGAAGAGAAGAGACUGAACUCGAAGAAACUAGUUGUUCUGGACGUCAGCUCGCUCCUGGCCGAGGCUAUUCGCCGUAAUCACCACGGCGAGAGCAUCAGCCAGCUCUACUACCUUAUGAACGAGUAAGAGCAGCGAGCAAUCUCUCGACACGAUGCAUACACACGGCGUCUAGGCUUUGGCGUUACGAGUUGAAAAAUGCUCUCGCGGACUGGUAUCGAGGCUAUUCCUCACUUGUAGAAGUAUGACCGUACGACACACGAGCUCAUAUAGCUCCAUUAUCAAGCCUUUGAGAGGUUUUUGCUUGUGUUCUCCACAAGCGGCAUAAUAACAUGACAAAACGUCACACGCAGG